AUUGGUUCUGUUACAGCAGUGUUUUAUUCACUCACACAGUGACACAGCAUCACCAGCUGACAAGCAAGCUAAGCAGAUAGCUUUUUAUUUCUUUAAUUUGCUUCUUAAUUGUCAAACAACUCAAAUCUGAUCUUUAGAAUUCAUGUAUGGUUUGAACUUGGGUACUCUACUAGCGUACUGUACUGUUUAGUUACCUUUUUGGCUAGCUAGCUUGCUGGUUUGUAAACAUUGUGACAGCUACAGUAUCAAAGUUCUACAUUUCAAGACAACAAAUUGAACCAUGGAUCAACCCAACACUUCGUACUCUGUAAAAUUGUACGUUUACGAUAUUUCCAAAGGAAUGGCUCGCCAGUUGAGUCCCCUCAUGCUGGGGAAGCAGCUUGAUGGGAUAUGGCACACAGCUAUUGUGGUCCACGGGGAGGAGUACUUCUAUGGUGGAGAGGGUAUCGCUAACUGCCUGCCUGGUAGGACCGAACUAGGAGAACCCAACUCUGUAGUGGAUUUGGGGAUCACAGAGGUGACUAAGGAGAUUUUUAUGGAGUACCUGUCUUCGCUGGGAGAAUCCACAUACAGAAAUGACAAGUACCACCUGUUGGAGCACAACUGCAACACGUUUACUAAUGAAGUGGCCCAGUUCCUGACUGGCAGCCAGAUCCCUGCUCACAUCACCAACCUGCCAUCUGAAAUCCUGUCCACCCCAUUUGGCCAGGUUCUGCGCCCCCUCCUGGAGUCCAUCAGCAUCAGUCCACCAGGGGGCAGCACUUUCAACAGCCACUAUGGCCAGAGAUAGACAGGCAGGAAUGGGUACAGUUUAAACUUAUGUAGGAACUGAUAAGACAGUUGGUUUCAGGGCAGGAGAUGGACAGCUCUAGAACCUUUUGAGUCCCCUACCUAGCUACCUAGAUGCCAGCCAGUCUGCAAGCUAACAAUGGUGUAAAACUUUAUUUGGAAGGUCCCCCUAUUCAUUAUUCCCUAUUAGACUGUUAGAAACCAUCUAACACGAUCCACUGACCAGUUAAGUUUCAGUGGAUGGUUUGUUGAUUGCUAGAAUAUCUAUGGGGCCCCUCUCAAUAAAGUACUACUAAACCCAAUAACCUUACCUCAUUAUCACUCCACACACCAGCCUAGCCUGACAGAUACUUAAGAUCCUUAAACUGACUCUCCCUGCCCCCUAGUGGAGCCCACAUUGUGACUAUAAUCACGUUGGAGCUGGCAGGGGUAGAGGAUCAAGGGACAGGACGUCAAAACAGCCCUGGACCAUCUGAAUGUAAACUAUGAGACCUGCAGGGUCUCUCUCAGUGAAAUACCAUUGGGGUGUGCUUGAUUAAAGCACCUAGUGGAACAAAACCAUUGAAACAAAUAUGGAAACUCUGAAAACAAAACAAAUGCACUUUGUUUGACCCUGUUCUGCUCUCCUCCAGGCCCAGAGCUGCUUAUCUCUCCUGCACAGGAGUGGGUGGGUGGGGACCCUAUUUUUGUCCCGUCAUUAAGUAACCCUUUUUGAUCAAUUUUUUUUCUUGUGUGUUUCUUCUUCGUCAUGACCUUGAUUAGGGUAGAAAGGAUAGCAAGAACAAACAAGGAAGGAACUUGUCCAAGAUCUGUUAGUUGAGUGCCGACAGUAAAUGUUGUCAAAUAGAUCCUUUGUCCUGUCUUUACAUUAUAAAGUUGGAAAUUAUGAGACCAACCGUAUUUUUACCAGCUCCAGGGUUCUUGAACACAAUGAAAACACGCACUUAUAUGCAUAUAUGACCAUCAAUGACCUCAAAGCACAGAACAACUGUGCUGCUCUCCAGUGCAGAUGUUAAGACUCUGUAUUAAUGAACAGGAAUUAACCAUAUCUAGAAAGAAGUAUUGAGGAUUGUUGAAAGAUUUAGUAGUACUGUUUAAUAAUCAAGAGUCAAGCUGUUUAAAAGGUGUUGUCAUGCCAACUGCUAUUCUCCUUCCUGACAAACAUCAUUUGUUGCCAAUAUUGUAUUCAUGCCAUUUUGUUUGUUUUAAUGUUUCUGUUCCAGUCUAUUUAUUCUUGAAUUGAAAAAAAAAAUGGUGUUUGCGGAAUAUAAUUCCUUAAAAUUGUUAAUAUAAUGAUCUUAAAUGUAAUAUAUAGUUAUCAUUAACUUUGUAUAGUCGCUUUGGAUAAAAACAUCUGCUAAAUGAAUAAAUGUAUAAUCAAUCUUGUAAUACAGUCAUUCUCAUUUGGUGAAUGAAUUGAGCUGUGAUGUGUAAAAAUCCAUCCUUUUAUCUCCCAUUUUAUGAUGUUAAGAUACCGUUUACAAUUUACCCAACUCUGCUUGAUAAAUACAUUUUUCUCUACACUUA